AUGGCAUCCAUUCGGUAUCAGAACUCAACUACGGAGGAAUACCAGGUCGGGGAGGCGGCUGCGUGGACGACAACAGCGGGAGGGGGUGCUGCAGCAGCGGUCAAGACUUUCGAAGUUGUUUUAGUGCCUGUAAUGGUGACGGCCGAUGCGAAAAUUGGUGUCGAAGCAACUGUUGGAACUAUUGGCUGGCUGGCUCUGGAGGUCCUGGAUAUAGGAAUGGAAACGGGAACGGGACCGGGAAUGGCGGACGUUGGAUUGGAAACACUGGAUAUGACCUUGUGUAUGGAGGAGGAGGAGGAGGAGGAAGAAGUGGUGGGUUUCCUCCUGGUCGUAAUCCGGAGUGGCAAUAUCCCUGUAGCUCCGGGUCUCGGUGGUCUAUCGAAUUGGCUGCGGUGUUCUUCCUGGCAGGUUUUGCCCUUGUACAAGUCAUUGCUUGAGCCUUGA